AUGCUACCUCGCACACAGCUUCCAAGUGCUAUUCCCGAAGAUUCUGAGUGGAGUGAAGACGACGAAGUUCCGCCUAUACAGGCCCCUCCCACUCGUGCAUUUAGAAGACUUUCUUCCUCUGUCCCGAGCAGGAAGCAUACACCAUACUUGCAAGGAAUCAAAUUCAGCCAUGUAAGUGCCGAGGACGAGUUGAAGCUAGAAGACGCAGUACCCGAGAAAGUGGAAGAAAAGUCAAUCGAUGAAGAAAGCACUAAGAGUUCGAAUCGAUCGCGUACACCCAGCUCUACAUAUGAAUUUCCAUGCCCAAGACUAUCCGAUAUUGUUGUUGCCAAUAUGAUCAAGCUAUCAGUGCUAAGCGAGGGUCGCUCCAGGUUUGGUAUUGUGUCGAAGUACAUAAACAAGACAACGAUGGCCAAUUAUGCGGUGGUAGAGUGGGACAUCAAAACAAUGGACAAAAAGAGUCUGGACGAAGUCAUAUGUCAGCUUGAAUACGUCUCCACUCUGAGGCAUAAACGGAUUGGGAGUGUUUAUGGCUACCACGUGAGUGACGGCCGCCUAAUGAUCUUCCGCACAUUUUUACCAACUGGAGCUGUUGCCGAUCAACUGAAAUUGGCGCCCUUGGCUGAGAACACUGCGACAAAGUUUUUCUGCCAAUUACUCGAAGCUCUAGAUUUCUUGCAUAAAAGAAACGUCACACAUGGUGAUAUCAAAACAUCGAAUCUGCUCGUUACAUUGUCUGGUGAUAUUCAAGUUACGGACAUUUCCCUGCCAAAUGCUCCAAAACAUGAAAAUCAUAUGCGACGAACACUUCUUCACUGUGCCCCUGAAAUGUUCGAGACGGCUCAAUCAUGGGAGAAUGCAACGCCCGCUACGGACAUCUGGGCUGCUGGCUGCGUACUGGUAGCAAUGGUCACUCGCUGUGCUCCAUUUCAAGAUCUCUUCUUGUCACUUUCAACUCAGGAACUGCAUGAGGCCCUUAUGAAAGCUCAUCACCACGAAUCCACCACUCAACUUAGUUACACAAGCCAUACUUUGAUACCUACUUCAAGUAAAGAACUAGCUGACAUGGUGGAUGCGACAUUAGUGGAAGAUCCAUCAAAGAGACUGCAAGCAGAAGAGUUACUCGAACGGUUCUUCACGGAUACCUCGAAAUCGCGCCGAACUUCGAGGAAGUCUCGCUCUUCUACCCGGAUAAGCGCUAUCAUCAGAGAAGACAAGAAGGAGCACCAUGAUCUGUACAACGAUGGACCUGUAACUUUGGCUACUGGUACUGCUCAUAAGAAUUUAUUGGAACGUUUGUACGAAUCAGCGGAACGCCGCAGUGAUGAAGAAGAGAACCCGCUUUUGUACUGCAUGAAAUGGUACGGGUCCCGGCUGCUCAUAUUCGUUCUUCUCCUACUCAAAUGGGUUGCUAUGGUGUUCUUGGCUGCUUUAUCGCUUGGUUUUGUAGCCGGCUCUGUCUUCCUAUCAAUCUAUGUGAUCUACAGUGGGAUUGGCGUGAUUUGUCAGUGUCAGCUGAACGAAGGUAGGAUAGGCUCAAGAUGCAAAAUCAAGGAAUCGAGUGUAACAUAG